CCGGGGUUGCCAUGGGAACGGGCCGCGGCCGCCGCCACUGCGAGUCCGGCCUCCGCGCCCGCCCGGCCGCCGCGCGAAGCUUCGGCUCAGUGUGGGGGUGAUCGGAGGCGGCGUUGGCGGCGCGGCCCGGCCGGGGAGCGGGCGCGGCCCGGCGGCCUGAGCAUGGAGGACGGCUUCGUGAGCCUCGGCAACCUGUACGACACGUCGUCGCUGCUGCAGUUCUGCAACGAUGACAGCACCUCAGCGGCCAGCAGCAUGGAGGUCACAGACCGUGUCGCCUCACUGGAGCAGCGUGUCCAGAUGCAGGAGGAUGACAUCCAGCUGCUCAAGUCGGCGCUGGCCGAUGUGGUUCGGAGGCUCAACAUCACAGAGGAGCAGCAGGCUGUGCUCAGCAGGAAAGGACCGACCAAAGCGAGGCCGCUGGUGCAGACUUUGCCCUUCCGCAGUGCCGUGAACAACGGGACCGUAUUACCAAAGAAGCAGAGCGACUCUCUCUCGGCUCUCUCAGGCACCCGGGUCACCACACCAGCCACAACCAAAAGCUCCAUCAAGCGGACCAGCUCUUCUGAGCGAGUCUCUACCGGAAGCCGAAGGGAAAACUCAGGGGACGCCAAAGGCAACCGCAACCGCACGGGCUCGACCAGCAGCUCCUCCAGUGGCAAGAAGAACAGUGAGAGCAAACCCAAGGAGCCUGUCUUCAGUGCUGCGCUUCUGUCUCUGUCUCCAAAAUCACAAGGCAAGCGCCGUGUGACCCACUGCAAAGAGGAGGGUUAUGUGAAAAUGUUCCUGCGCGGCCGCCCAGUUACCAUGUACAUGCCCCGGGACCACGUGGACUCCUAUAACCUGGAGGCCAAAGCGGAGCUGCCGGCCAAGAGGCUGAAGCUGGAAUGGGUCUACGGGUAUCGGGGUCGAGACUGCCGGAACAACCUGUACCUGCUGCCCACAGGGGAGACCGUGUACUUUAUCGCAUCUGUGGUGGUCCUAUAUAACGUCGAGGAGCAGCUGCAGCGACACUACAGCGGUCACAACGAUGACGUGAAGUGCCUCGCUGUCCACCCCGAUAGGAUCACGAUCGCUACCGGACAAGUUGCAGGCACAUCGAAGGAUGGAAAACACCUACCCCCACACGUGCGCAUCUGGGACUCGGUCACCCUGAACACACUGCACGUCCUAGGCACUGGCUUCUUUGACCGCGCUGUCACCUGCAUCGCCUUCUCCAAGUCCAACGGGGGGAGCAGCCUGUGCGCCGUGGACGACUCCAAUGACCACGUGCUGUCUGUGUGGGACUGGCAGAGGGAGGAGAGACUGGCUGAUGUCAAGUGCUCUGGGGAGGCAGUGUUCGCCGCCGACUUCCACCCCACGGACACCAGCGCCAUCGUAACCUGCGGGAAGUCGCAUCUCUACUUCUGGACCUUAGAGGGGAGCUCGCUGGUCAAGAAGCAGGGGCUGUUCGAGAAACAAGAAAAGCCCAAGUUUGUCCUGUGUGUGACUUUCUCUGAAAACGGCGACACCAUUACUGGGGAUUCCAGCGGCAACAUCCUGGUGUGGGGGAAAGGCACCAAUCGGAUCAGCUAUGCCAUCCAGGGGGCCCACGAGGGUGGCAUUUUUGCACUUUGUAUGUUGAGGGAUGGCACCCUGGUGUCAGGAGGAGGCAAGGACCGGAAGCUCAUCUCUUGGAACGGAAACUAUCAAAAACUCCAUAAGACAGAGAUCCCAGAGCAGUUCGGGCCGAUCCGCACGGUGGCUGAGGGGAAGGGUGACACCAUCCUCAUCGGCACCACCAGGAACUUCGUCUUGCAGGGCACGCUCUCAGGGGACUUCUCCCCCAUCACUCAGGGUCAUACUGACGAGCUCUGGGGACUGGCCAUCCACGCCUCAAAGCCACAGUUCCUGACCUGCGGCCAUGACCGACAUGCCACCCUGUGGGAUGCAGCCAGCCACCGGCCCGUGUGGGACCGAGUCAUAGAGGACCCGGCUCAGGCUUCAGGCUUCCAUCCUUCAGGGUCUGUGGUUGCAGUCGGGACACUCACUGGGAGGUGGUUCGUGUUCGACACUGAGACCAAAGACUUGGUGACUGUGCACACGGAUGGCACAGAGCAGCUAUCAGUGCUGCGCUACUCACCGGAUGGAAACUUCCUGGCCAUUGGCUCCCACGACAACAGCAUCUAUAUACAUGCAGUCAGCGAAGGUGGCAGGAAGUACGCACGAGUGGGCCGCUGCUCGGGCCACUCCAGCUUCAUCACCCACCUGGACUGGUCAGUGAACUCGCAGUACCUUGUGUCCAACUCCGGAGACUAUGAGAUCCUCUAUUGGGUCCCCUCUGCCUGCAAGCAAGUGGUCAGCGUGGAGACAACUCGGGACAUUGAGUGGGCAUCAGACACCUGCACACUGGGCUUCCGUGUCUUUGGAGUGUGGCCUGAAGGCUCGGAUGGGAGCGACAUCAACGCCGCCUGCCGGGCCCAUGAGCAGAGGCUCCUGGCAACCGGCGACGACUUUGGCAAAGUGCACCUCUUUGCCUACCCGUGCUCCCAGUUCCGGGCACCCAGCCACGUGUACAGCGGCCACAGCAGCCACGUGACCAACGUGGGGUUCCUGUUUGACGACAGCCACCUGGUCUCCACAGGUGGCAAGGACACAAGCAUCAUGCAGUGGCGGCUGGUCUAGCCCUACGGGCACCCAGGCCCCAUCCAUGGAGGGCCUCCACCCAGUCACUGUGAUUUCUGUCUGGUCUGCAACGUUCUUACAAACCUCAGGAAAACACGGACCUCCCAGACCCAGAGCUGGGGGUGCCCCCGUAGGGAAGGGAUGUAGCCCAGCAGGCCAGUGGUUCCCAUGUCUCCCACGCGGAGACAGAGCAGAGUACACGGGGUCCUUUCCCCAGAAGGGGACAUACUCGGGCAGGUACCACCCACCCAUCAGGCCCCAGCGACUCCCCAACCAUCCCUCCCGAUCCGAUCAUGGAAUUGCCUCUUCCGAUCCUAUGGCGGGGCACGGGGCUGUCAGAUGCUGGCCAGGUACCACAUCUCCAUCACCCUAAGAAUGGGCUGCUGUGUCCCCAAAAAAGAGGAAUUACCAAGAGACAGGAGGAAAUGAUGUACUGGGUGGAAUUGGUGGGCUCUGCCACACGAUGAAGGCCCAAUAAGGG